UCUUUUGCUUUUUUGUCUUUUGCAAACGAAAAGCUGUCUCUCUGUUUCACAUUUUUUCUCAGGCAAAGACCCUUCAUCAAGUGAACUUGGCAUUGUCUUCUUGAGUUGAAAGACUUGAAACGGUUAGGCUCUCCUCACUUGUACACUCAAAACCCAAAUGCCCCUCUUGGUGCUUCUGUGAUCAUUGAAGAAGAAGCAGCUCUCUUGAAGUCUAGUUCACUGGGAGGACUUCUCUAUUUUUUUGGCCAUGGAAGCAUCAACUUCUUCUGAGGCUAACUUUCAGAUUCCAGCCAUAUCCCACAUACCACUUUCUGUUCCAUCUGGAUAUGAAGUCGACUUAGCGAUCUCAGGGUUUACAAGUUUUUUGCAAUCUGACGCCGGAUCAAAAGUCGGUUCACUUCCAUUGAUUUCAAGCCUUGAUGGUCUGGGAAAGCUGCAAUCUGUUGAAGGAAUGACUAUUCAAAAAGCUUUUGAAUUGAUGAACAGAGUCAAACCCAUUCAGGAUUUGGUCAAGCGUAUAGUAACUAAAGCAGAGAUGUGGAAUGUUUUCAUAAACAGUAAUGAAGUUAAGGAAUUCGAGCGGCAGCUGCAGACAGGUGCCAAUGGACCAGAGGCAAUAACAAGCAGCAACCCGCAGACACAGGGCAUUAGCUAUAGUCAGCAUCAGUCGUCAGGUGCCAACAUCAUAGUGACAAAUCUCAGCACCACCCAGCAGACGCACAACAAUCUCUCGAGUCAGCUUCGGUCAUCAGGUGCCAACAACGUAGUGAGAAACCCAAGCAUCAGCCCUCAACUGCACAAUACCUUCUACAGUCAACAACAAUCAUCAGCUCAACAGGAAAGUUUGAGCCCGGUGCCGUGGGGAAAGUCCAGAAAGUUUUGA